CCUGACUUCCGCCGGAAGCGGCUCCGGCAGUUGUUGUUGUUUUCUGAUUAUUGGGUUCUCGUUGUGUUGCGGUUCGUCCUCUUCCCCCUCCUCCGGCGGGUGAGGUUACCGCCGGGGAGCUGGAGAGUCGAAGUGGAGUUUAGACCUUGAGAGCGAGAAGAUGGACAUCCUGAAAUCAGAGAUUCUGCGGAAGCGGCAGCUGGUGGAGGACCGGAACCUGCUGGUGGAGAACAGAAAGUACUUCAAGCGCAGCGAGCUCGCCAAGAAAGAAGACGAAGCGUACUUUGAAAGAUGCGGCUGCAAGAUACAGCCAAAAGAGGAGGACCAGAAACCACUAACAUCAUCAAAUCCAGUGCUGGAACUUGAACUAGCAGAGGAAAAGCUUCCUAUGACACUUUCUAGGCAAGAGGUCAUCAGAAGACUGAGAGAACGGGGAGAGCCAAUUAGACUGUUUGGGGAAACUGAUUAUGAUGCUUUCCAACGCUUAAGAAAAAUAGAGAUCCUUACACCAGAAGUGAACAAGGGCUUAAGGAAUGAUCUGAAAGCAGCCUUGGACAAGAUUGACCAGCAGUACUUGAAUGAAAUUGUGGGUGGUCAGGAACCCGGAGAGGAGGACACACAGAACGACCUGAAAGUUCACGAGGAAAACACCACCAUUGAAGAAUUAGAGGCACUGGGGGAGUCCUUAGGAAAAGGUGACGAUCAUAAGGACAUGGACAUCAUCACCAAGUUCCUGAAGUUUCUUCUUGGUGUUUGGGCUAAAGAAUUGAAUGCCAGAGAGGACUACGUGAAGCGCAGCGUACAGGGCAAACUAAACAGUGCUACCCAAAAGCAGACCGAGUCCUACCUCAGACCGCUUUUCAGAAAGCUCCGGAAAAGGAAUCUUCCUGCUGAUAUUAAAGAAUCAAUAACAGAUAUUAUUAAGUUUAUGUUGCAGAGAGAGUACGUGAAGGCGAAUGACGCUUACCUUCAGAUGGCCAUUGGGAAUGCCCCCUGGCCGAUUGGUGUCACCAUGGUUGGUAUCCAUGCCAGAACUGGCAGGGAAAAGAUUUUUUCCAAGCAUGUUGCACAUGUUUUAAAUGAUGAAACCCAACGGAAAUACAUUCAGGGGCUGAAGAGGUUAAUGACAAUUUGCCAGAAGCACUUUCCUACAGAUCCGUCCAAAUGUGUGGAGUAUAAUGCACUGUAAGGUCUGCGCACAUUGUGUGUGUGUAGCAGGAAGCUUCCACCCGCAGCGCGAGGAUUUCUGGCCUCAGUUACCACAGCUACGAGGGAAGAGCUCCGCAGUGCAGUCCACCUGGCGCAGCUUGGUGGCUUUAAGAACUGUGCUGGCUUUCACAUGGUGUUGGACUGCAAACUAAUUUUUGUGUCUUGAUUUCAUUUUAAUGAGCUGAAAAAUUAAGUUCUGAAGAUACUAUCCAUAGUUUAAGUAUGUAGCCAUCAACCACACAGGAGAAGGUUGGAGAUAAGCAUUCUCGAGAUCCAAAUGUGUCAUUGAUACUUAGAAACACUUGAGGGUGGCUCUGAACUUUCUUUAAUUAUUGUGAUUCGCACAUUUUUCUAUGUGAUAUUUAUAGAAAAUAUUUUUUGUAUUUCAACAAAAGUGUGGGACCGUUGAAUGCGCCUUUACAGUUUUUACAUGUUCUUGGACUUUGUGCCAUCUUGCAAUAGAGCAUAUGUAAUGUCA